CCUCCGGCCGCGGCCCCUUCCUCCCGCAGCUGGUGCUGUGGGGCCGCGGAGCAGCGCAUCGCAGUCUCUAUGGCCCGGGAUCCGAGCGCAAAGAAAACGGACCUCAGAGAACCAGGACUAGUCCUUCUGUCGGGGCAGGGUGAUCCCAUCAGUGACCUACAACCCCUCUAUGACCCUACAACAACUCCCUCCCACCAUGGAGUUUGUAUUUGAUACAGAAAGGCAGUGUGUGAUCCAUCCCUCCCUCUGACCUCUAACCUGGGAUUCCAUGGCCACACAACCCUGUGAUUCCAUGUCCCCUCGAUUCCAGGACCCUCCCUGGCCCCAUGACCCCUGACCUUCCAAGUGACCUCUCUGGACCUUGACCCCUGUGACUGACCCCUGUGGCUCUGACCCUGGCUCGCCUUGGGGUUCUUACCAGUGUGGGCCUCCCCAGGAAAAUGUGGGGGAGGCUCUGGCCCCUCUUCCUGAGCUUCCUCACAGCAACAGCCGUCCCUGGACCCUCAUUGCGGAGACCAUCCAGAGAACUAGAUGCCACCCCGCGGAUGACCAUCCCCUAUGAAGAGCUCUCUAGGACCCGGCACUUCAAGGGUCAAGCUCAGAACUACUCAACACUGCUGCUGGAGGAGUCCUCUGCAAGACUGCUGGUUGGAGCCCGAGGUGCCCUGUUCUCUCUCAAUGCCCGUGACAUAGGAGAUGGGGCGCACAAAGAGAUCCGCUGGGAGGCCUCCCCAGAGAUGCAAAGCAAAUGCCAUCAGAAAGGGAAAAACAACCAGACGGAGUGCUUCAACCACGUGCGAUUCCUUCAGCGGCUCAACGCCACCCACUUCUACGCGUGCGGGACUCAUGCCUUCCAGCCCCUCUGCGCGGCCAUUGAUGCUGAAGCCUUCACCUUGCCAGCAAGCUUCGAAGAGGGGAAGGAGAAGUGUCCUUAUGACCCAGCCCGUGGCUUCACAGGCCUCGUCAUUGAUGGAGGCCUCUACACAGCCACGCGGUAUGAAUUCCGGAGCGUCCCUGACAUCCGCCGGAGCCGUCACCCGCACGCCCUGAGGACGGAGGAGGCACCCAUGCAGUGGCUCAACGAUGCUGAGUUUGUGUUCUCUGUCCUGGUGCGGGAGAGCAAGGCCAGCGCCGUGGGGGACGAUGACAAGGUUUACUACUUCUUCACGGAGCGUGCCACUGACGAGGGCCCCAGCAGCUUUGCUCAGAGCCGCAACAGCCACCGUGUGGCCCGCGUGGCCCGUGUGUGCAAGGGAGACCUGGGAGGAAAGAAGAUCUUGCAGAAGAAGUGGACAUCCUUCCUUAAGGCGCGUCUCGUCUGCCACAUUCCACAGUAUGAGCUGCUCCGUGCUGUCUGCAGCCUGGACGCCGACACCUCAGCCCGCACACACUUCUACGCGGCCUUCACGCUGACCACCCAGUGGAAGACCCUAGAGGCCUCAGCCAUCUGCCGCUACGACCUGGCCGAGGUGCAGGCUGUCUUCGCAGGUCCCUACAUGGAGUACCAGGAUGGUGCCCGGCGCUGGGGCCGCUAUGAGGGUGGGGUGCCAGAGCCUCGGCCUGGCUCAUGCAUCACAGAUUCACUGCGCACACGUGGCUACAACUCAUCCCAGGAUUUGCCGUCCCUGGUCCUGGACUUUGUGAAGUUGCACCCGCUGAUGGCCCGGCCUGUGGUGCCCACACGUGGAAGGCCCCUGCUGCUCAAGCGAAACGUGCGCUACACGCACCUCACAGGGACUCCUGUCUCCACACCCGCUGGGCCCACCUACGACCUGCUCUUUCUGGGCACAGCUGAUGGCUGGAUCCACAAGGCCGUGGUGCUGGGCUCUGGGAUGCACAUUAUCGAAGAGACGCAAGUGUUCAAGGAGCCCCAGUCCGUGGAAAAUCUGGUCAUCUCUCCAGUGCAGCAUAGCCUCUACGUGGGGGCCCCUAGUGGAGUCAUCCAGCUACCACUGUCUAGCUGCUCCCGCUACCGCUCCUGCUACGACUGCAUCCUGGCCCGGGACCCCUACUGUGGCUGGGACCCCAGCACCCGUGCCUGCAUUGUAUUCAGCAGGUCCCAGGGUAGCAGGACAGCACUGAUACAGGACAUGGAGAGAGGCAACCGAGGCUGCGAAGGCCACAGGGACUCAGGGCCACCACCACCCCUGAAAACUCGCUCUGUACUCCGAGGGGAUGAUGUCCUCCUGCCCUGUGACCAGCCAUCCAACCUGGCCCGGGCCUUGUGGCUGCUUAAUGGGAGCACGGGCCUGAGUGACGGGCAGCAUGGCUACCGUGUGGGUGUGGAUGGGCUGCUGGUGACAGACAUACAGCCUGAGCACAGUGGCAACUAUGGCUGCUAUGCCGAGGAGAACGGCCUCCGCACCCUGCUGGCCUCCUACAGCCUCACCGUCCGUCCAGCCACGCCUGCCCCAGCUCCGCAAGCCCCUGCCAUACCCGGGGCGCAGCUGGCGCCUGACGUGAGGCUGCUCUACGUGCUGGCCAUCGCUGCACUUGGCGGCCUCUGCCUCCUUCUAGCUUCCUCCCUCCUCUACGUGGCCUGUCUUCAGGGAGGCAGACGAGGGCGGCGAAGGAAAUACUCUCUGGGUCGGGCAGGCCGGGCAGGGGGCUCGGCCGUGCAGCUGCAGACCGUUUCAGGCCAGUGUCCUGGAGAGGAAGAGGAGGGCGACGACGGGGAGGGGCCUGGGGGACUGGAAGGUGGCUGCCUCCAGAUCAUCCCUGGGGAGGGAGCCCCAGCCCCACCACCCCCACCGCCCCCACCCCCGCCGGCCGAGCUGACCAACGGGCUGGUGGCUCUGCCCAGCCGGCUGCGCAGGAUGAACGGCAACAGCUACGUGCUCCUGAGGCAGAGCAACAACGGAGUGCCAGCGGGGCCCUGCUCGUUCACGGAGGAGCUCAGCCGCAUCCUGGAGAAGAGGAAGCACACGCAGCUCGUGGAGCACCUGGACGAGAGCUCUGUCUGAGCCCGGCCUCUUAGGACAAAUGCUCUUCCAAGCCAGCCUGUCUGCCCCAGGCCGGGCUGCUGUUUCCCCCACACAGCCACUCUGUCGUCACCCCCCCCAACUCCAGGCCCUUCUCCCAACUUUUUGAUGUCCCUGUAGGGCUAGCAGAGUCAGGCCCAGCCAAAGCCCCCUCCUCAGUCUCCACAGACCCAUCUGUGAGCAGCCCAGGCCAACCGGUGCUCCUCAGAGGUGGGUACUCCCUCAGGACGUGGUAUUCUGUAGACCCGGUCCCGGUUCCUAUUCCCGUAACCCAAGCACUGGGUUGCCCCAUUUGUCUGCUCAAACCCUUCCUCUUUCUCCCAGGCAGGGCUCUGCAGGUCCAGAUGACCUCAAUGUCACCACCCUCUGCAUGGCCCUAUGUGCUGGAUGGUCCCGAAACCAGACAAGACCUCUGCCAGCCGCCAGAGCCACCUGAGCCCUGCGUACAUUCACAUGUGCACAUGGAUGAAUGUCCAUCAGCUGGGCUGCAGGGCCCCCGCCCCCACCUCCUGGUGCAUUCUUGUAUUUCACCUCUCCUGGACUUUGGGUACCCUUCCAAUUGCCACAUCCCAUACUAUCUAGUCCUCUCCCCUAGUUCCAGACCCAUGUAGUGACCUCUUUGGCAAGAGCUUGGGAACAGGCCAGCCUGGGGAGGUAAGACUGUGUCAUUCCCCUCUUCAUCCUUAAUGUGUAGCCCUUGUGAGCCAACACCCCCAUCCCCUUGGUCACUCUCAGGAGUGACAGACAGAGCCCCAGGCGUGUCCCUUCACACACAUGUGCUUACAUUUCCACAUACAUUUCUGAGCCUCCCUUUGCUGCCUCGGACCUGUCUGUUGGGUUUGGUCCGUGGACAUUUCAGAGGGAGAGCCGUCUCCCGUUCAGCUGUCCUCUCAGACAUUUCCCUAGGAUGGGUGACCAACACUGCAAUGAGCCAGCCUCCCUUUGGGGGACCAAGCAUUUGCUACCCCUAGACCAGAGCAGGGGGAGGAGAUCUGCUGUCUCACCUGGCACAUGAAGCCCGUUCUUGGAACUAUGCAAAGGGCAGAGGCUGGGAGUUUGGAUGCUUGGCUCCCACCCCUGUCCUACCUCACCGGGGCACUUUCAGGGUCCAGGGGCCUCUGAAGUCUCCAGGCCCAUAUGGGACAAUCAAAUCCUGACUGAGCUCCCCUAUCCCCCUUGGGUGAGGAUGACUGUUAUUUUUAUAGCUGAGAAUGUGGAAUCCCCAUGGAUUUUUACUGCCCUUCACCCAACCUCUCCCCCCUCCACCCCACAAUGAAUGUAUUUAUUGUAAGAACGGCUAUACUUCUUUAGGAAUGCCCCCACUCACCACCCAGGUGGGCAGAACAGGCAUGUGACAGAGUGGGGAGCCUGGGUUCAGCUCCUCCCCCUCUUGUUGGUCAAUAAAUGCCCUCUCUCCCCACAGUUCUGUGUGUUCCACUUGGUCUAGGCUGGCUUUCCCUGAUCGCGAGGGGGCACGCUUCUGAGCCUAUGGAUACACUGCUGCAAGAUUUGCUCUGCUCCCCAUAAAACCAUUUGCAGAGAAAACUGGGAUCCUCAGCCUCCAUCUGGCUGCCCUGGGCAGGUACACAGGCCUUUAUAGGGCUCUUACUACUCACUGAUCAUGGUGAUAAGGGCCUGACAAACAAAAUUACAACUGUUCAAGAAUUCAUACAAAGGACUGUAGGUUUUUACCUCCUGGCUCUUUUCCUCACCAUUCCUCCCCCUUGCUUUAGCUAAGCCUAGAAGAUGCUCCCUGUUUAUCAGUUCUCUCACUCAUCCACAGGAAGCUUUUCAGUACCUCCCCUCCCCCAACAAGGGACAACAUGAAUUCUUUUCUGCAGAGGGGCCUGUCUUGGGAAAUAGUUAGGACCCCGGCAAGCUUGUUACCAGGGAUCUGACCUUAGAAUCACUCUCCAAGGGUCCAGACUAGAUUAACCACAUGGCCUUUGAUACUAGCCAUCCUGAAGGGUUAUAUGUUCUGCUUCUGGUUUUAGAAUAAUGAAAAGUGAGGUUAUUUGUUAAAUCUACACAUAUUUUGAAGGCCUCAAGUGUAAACGUGAGUAUGUUUAUUAACCUCAGGUUUUUUUUUUUAAUUUAAAGCUUGUACUUAUUUGUACUUAUUUGACGGGGGUUGGGGGGAGAAGCAGACUCCCGGCUGAGCAGAGAGCCUGA